AUGGAAAGAGAUAUAAGAGGUAAGAAGAUAAAGAGAGAGGAACUGACAUCAGUCAAACAGCUAAGCAGUUCUGACAACAAGGACAGAUGCAAAAAAUGCAGUGCCUUUUUCAUGAGAGACAUGCUAGUUGCUACUGCAAUCCGCUUACUUCCCGUGUGUAGCAACAAUCAGUAUUCUUGA